UUCAAGUGCGACCAGUGUCCGCAGAGCUUCAAUCGUAAUCACGACCUGAAGCGCCAUAAGAGGAUUCAUCUUGCGGUUAAACCUUUCCCUUGCAUUUACUGUGACAAGAGCUUCUCGCGCAAGGAUGCCCUUAAGCGGCAUAGGCUCGUUAAAGGUUGUGGCAAGGUUGCAAAUAAUGCGGAAUCCAAACCGGAGAAGACCGGCUACCUUCCGAAGGUGGGUAGAGGUGAGAAAGAUCAGCUAGAGAACGAACGAGGGUAUCCAGUUAGUCCCUCGAGCCCAGUGUCAAGGCGAAGCACAGCGAGGUCGAAGCGGUCUGGAAAUGGAAGGCGUUCCUGCAUGCACAUGCAUUACACUAUCUCACAAGACAACACUAUCGAGGGAGCGACUCGGAACAGGGAAAAAUUCAUUGCGGUCAAGGACCGUCAGAGAGUGCUCCCGGCAAAGGGUCAGAGUACGCAAAAUGUGCCUGUGCAUUUGCGUACAUCUUUGGAACGCGAUCCGAGUCGGGCCCUGCCAGACUCGUCACAGAGUUCGCGAGUUUCCAAGGCGACGCUCCUGAGCUACGAAACGGAACUCAUGCUUCUUGAGCAGCAGAACAAGAAGCGCCUCCUCGCGGCUCGGAAAGAGGUAGCUUGA